GAAGCCGAAGAAAAAAAACUUUAGCAAAAUGUCAUGGAGAUAUGCGCUUCCCUACCAAAGAUCUUACACUCCAAUCAGUGACAGAUACAGUACUCUGUAUUAUCAGUCGCCCAGUCGUCUGGAGACAGCGGCCGGCACUUCAAGUGAACAUACCACAGGACGCCAAUUGCAACGUGUCCUCCACUAUUCGAUGACACCAUGCAUGCAAGGACCCUUAAGAUCCGAAUGUGCCAUUCAUGAUGUUGACUGUGAUGAAGUUUAUCCCGGCAUCUAUAUUGGUGAUGCAGCAUCGGCGAAAAAUAAAACUUUCCUGCGCAUGAAAGGUAUUACACACGUCUUAAAUGCCGCCGAAGGUUGUCGUUAUGGCCAAGUUGAUACAGGGCACAGCUAUUAUCGUGAUAUGCCAAGCAUAAGAAGAAAAAACAAAGACACUAUUUUCAGGUAUAUGGGCUUCCCAAUGGUUGAUGCUCCAACAACAGAUAUUUCACGUUAUUUCUAUGUGGCCGCCAAAUUCAUUGACAAUGCACUGAGCAGUGGAGGCAGAGUUUUGGUGCACUGUUUGGUCGGUAUGUCUCGUUCGGCAACCUGUGUCCUGGCCUAUCUUAUGAUUUGCCGGAAAAUGACAGCUGUCGAGGCCAUACGCAAAGUUCGCAUGCAUCGUGAUAUUCAUCCCAAUGAUGGUUUCCUACAACAAUUGGCUGAUCUUGAUAUGGAACUUAAGCGGAAAAGUCUAUAUCCCUAUUAAACCAAA